AUUCUUAUUAUUAUUCUUAUUAUUAUGUUAUCAGAAAAUAAUAAAUUAAAAUGAGUUCCGAAAUUAGAUAUGCAGUUGUAUGCUCGAGCAAUAUGAAUAGGAGUAUGGAGGCGCAUUCGUUCCUACAGAAGAAAGGAUUCAAUAUUCGAUCCUACGGGACCGGGGAGAAAAUCAAAAUCCCAGGAAGUAGUGCUAAAGAACCGAAUCAGUAUCCAUUUGGAACUUCUUACGACGAGAUCUACGCAGACUUGACCAGCAAGGACAAGGCUCUUUACACCAAGAACGGGAUGCUGCACAUCAUGGAGAGAAACAGGAGAAUUAAGCGAGGUCCUGAGAAGUUCCAGGAAACAAGUCACCAGUACGAUAUUAUUCUGACAGUUGAGGAGAAGGUGUAUGAUCAGGUUCUGGAGGAUUUCUCAGUGCGUGGUAGUGUACUGGAGAAACCGGUUCAUGUAAUAAACAUGAAUGUUGUUGACAAUCCUGAGGAUGCUACAAUUGGUGCAUUCCUCUUAUGCGACCUUGUGCAGGAACUCUCCAAUAGCGAGGAUCUUGACAACGAUAUUGAGGACAUUAUUCAAGAGUUUGAAUCUAAAUGUGAACGUGAAGUUCUUCACACGGUGUUGUUCUACUGAAAAUGCGCGUAAAUCUCUGAUUUUUGGCCAUUUUCUAGAAACUACUCUAGCGCAUUCUUUAGCAGUCUUCUCGCGGAAUUCAUUCAGAAGUUAGUUUGGUAUCAACACGUUUAUACUAACAUCUAAACUCAGAUAAUGGACAGGUGUAAAUGAAAUGGUUAUUAGAAGAUAAAAAAAUUCUAUCAAAGAACAUUCCCGACAAAAAAUGUCUUUUGUAAUGUUUUUACCUAAAACCUGAAUACUCCAAUCUCUUUGUUGCUACCCUUGUACUUAAUGGCGCCAUGUUAUAAGAUUUUGGUGGUUAGUAUAGCGGUAAAGAUUUUUUGAAUAUAAAUACACAUGCAUAGCUCUAUUUCUGCUGGCUGGAUUUUAUGUUUGAUUUUAAAAUACUUUUUAAUGGAAAAAAUUUGUUGCAGGUCAAUGCAAAACAGACUAAAUACCCCCACCCCACCCUCCGAAAAAAAUAUUCUUUGCCAAAAAGUAGCUAUUAUGAUGUAUUCAGCAAAUAAUGUUGUAAUAUCGAUUUAUUUUUACCAAGUAACCCGCUUUUAUUUAAUUGAACUCGAUUUAGGGUCCCGGUGAAAUUGGUUAAAAAUCAAUUAAAAUUUUGUAAUUUCCUUUAUUUGGACAUCUGGUGAUUAUUAUGAUUUUUUAAAGCUAUUUCUUACAAGUUAUUUCUCCCAAGAAUUUAUUCAUUUUUAACAAGUUAAGAAAUAAAAAUACUUUUAAAAAUUAUUUUCUUCACUUCGGGGGAAUAAAUGAUCAAGGGACAUCUACAGACAAGUUUUUUUUUACCUUUUUUGAAGAAAAAAUUAAGCAUAUUUGAGCUGCAGUGGUGGGCGAUUAUAUUAAUACAUUGAAGACAACUUUUUUAUUUUAGUUUUGAUUUGUUCAGAAGCUUUUUUCGAAUUACAAGUUUACAAGUAGUUAAUCAGAAGAUUUUUAAUUGAGAGCCUCUAUUGACCUGUAUGUUUAUAUGUAUCCCAUCUAUCCAUGCCUUGAUUUAAAUCAAAAUUGAAAUCGAAAGUCGUCUUUUUUGUAUUGAUAUAAUCGCCUACUACUGUACCUAACAUGGGGGGGGGGAAUUAUUUUAAAGGGUGUUCAUGAUUUUUCAAGGAAAUAUAUACACCUAUAAAAAUGGAAGCCAAAUCUUUUCUACGAAGUAUAUAUAAGUUGUUAAACUGCUCGCCUUUUUUUCUGAAAUUUUGGCUUUUUAAUUUUUGUAUGUUUCAAGUACUUAUUAUCCUUUCUUAUUUUCAGA